UUUUUGUUUUGUUUUCUGUUACAUCUUGUUUCAUCUUGUUACAUUGUUUUCCCACCAAUUUCGUUAAUCAGUGAGGUUAGAACUAUAGAGAUUAAGAAAAAGCAUCAUGGAAUUACGCAGUCAGAAAUUUAAUAAAUUAGUUGACAUUCUGAAAGGCGCUGGCGUCUAUGAGGAGGGGAUGGACAUGGAGGAGAUGCGGAACUUGGCCGAUGCUAUGCAAAUGUCCACCACCUGCCCCCAACCACCUUCUGUGGAUCCGGAUUUGGAAAGGGCUAUUCUGGAAAGCGAACUGGAAUUCAUGUACCUACAUCCCGCUCACAUUCUAAAUUCCACGAUGAUUGUGCCAAACCAAGAUAACGUGAUUGUAAAUCCUGAACCGAGUCAUGAUCGCGACUGCGAUAGUCCUCCAACUCUACCCAUUCACAUGACGGUCCGGGCAUUGGUGCACCAUCCACUCGACUGGAGCCCCACAUCCCAACGACGUUCUUUGCCCAAGCGAGUUCCUGUUGCCAUCAGCCCAAGCAAUGUUUUGGGAGGCAAACGCGCCAGGAUCGUCAUUCGCGAUGGUGGCGAUCAACCGGAGGCACCUCCCGAAUAUAAUCCAGAUGCCACACCCAUAUCGGUGGUCGAUUCGGGUGUCAGUAGCCAGGAGAUUUCACUCUCCAGCCUCAGUUCGGAAGGCAGCCCCGAGAUAUCCAUCGGCGAAAUGCCCAGCCGCCAUUUAAUCAGCACCAGUAGUGCUGCUGUUUCAGAUUUCUCCUCUAGCCUCGAACAAGGAAACUAAGAAUGAUCUUUAUUAUAUUGAUUUGGAAAAAAUCUUUCGA